AGGGUACCCACUGCCCGCCCUCCGGGCCCUGGCCCUCCGCCCCGGCCGCGCCCUGGGCGCAGCCCCUUUUGGCACCGCGGCUCCCAGGUGCCCGGCGCAAAGGCGGAGCCGGACUGCAGCCGCCUGGGUGGCGCCACCGAGACCCCCGGGUGUUCGCAGGUCCCGGCGCUACGGCUCCGACUCCCGCAGCAUCCCCGGCAGCGGCUCCAACAUCCCCGGGAACCCGAGACUCUCCGGUCGCGCACAACCAGCGGACGCCACCACCAUGAGCGCGGGGCCGCGAUGGCCAGCACCCGGCAGCUUGCCUGCGCUCUGCGCCUCGCUGCUCCUGCUGGGUCUGCAGCCGCCACCCGUGCGCACCGAGGGGAAACUCUUCCUGCUGGAGUCUCAGAACGGCUCUCGGGGCCUGGACCUGGAGGCAGCUCGGCUCUCCUGCAGGAGCAGGGGUGCCCACUUGGUGUCUGCCGGGGAACUGAAGAGAGUGGUCCGAGACUGUGCCUUCGCAGUGUGCACGACAGGCUGGCUGGCUGACGGCACCCUUGGGACAACUGUGUGCAGCAAAGGGAGCGGCGAACAGCCAAUCGUGAGAGCUGUCGAUGUGAGAAUUGACAGCCACCCUGCUCCCGGUACCAAGUACAACGCCCUUUGCAUUAAGGAUGAAGAGAGGCCGUGUGGAGACCCACCAUCCUUCCCACACACCAUCCUCCAGGGUCGCACUGGCUUGGAGAUGGGGGACGAGCUGCUGUAUGUGUGUGCACCAGGCUCCGUUCCAGGCCGUCGAGAGACCGCCUUCACCUUGCUGUGCAACAGCUGUGGGGAGUGGUACGGACUGGUACAAGCCUGUGGGAAAGAUGAGGCCGAGGCCCACAUUGACUAUGAAGACAAUUUCCCAGAUGACAGAUCUGUGUCACUCAGGGAACUCAUGGAAGACUCCCAGGCAGAGGGAGACGAGGAAAAGGCUCAGGAGGACGCCUCUGAGGAGACACCAAAACAAGACCGUCUGGUCUUCACCUCUGUGUCUAAAGAAAACAUAGCCCAGGAGAAAGCCUUCAUGCCGACCACAGGCUUGCCCGGCCCUGGGAGCAGGGUCCACACAGACUGGCCCAGAUCCCGCCUAAACAGGAAGUACUCACUCUGGUUUCCUGCUGAGACGGUCCACAAGUCAGAGCUGGAAAAGGAAGUGGGGGAUGAAACCAAAGAUCCACUUCCUGCUGGAGAAAAUCACACCGAAGGAAAACUGGUCCCAGGGGAGUCUGAAACCAGGCUGGUGGUCUAUGCCACCACCGACAGCCCCUCGGAGCCGUUUGUGGAUAGGAACGACAGCAGAGCAGAGGACCCGGUGGUGAGCAGCAGUGACGACUCUUGGUUAGAUGGCUACCCUGUGACAGACGGGGCCUGGAGGAAGGUAGAGGCAGGGCGGGAGGAUGAUGGGUCAGUGGGACUGGACGAAAGUGUUCUCGUGACCCCUGACCAGCCUACUGGGAAAGUUAAGGUGCAGAAUGCCACCGUCACCACAAGCGAAUCUGUGAUACACAGUUCGAUUGUUCCGUCUGAAAUGCUCGAUGUAGAGGCACUGGUUCCAGGACCCAUGGAUGUGUUCGAGACUGAGGCUCCCCACACCGGCGAUGGUGACUUGACUAAGUAUCAAUCAACCAUACCCCGGAGAGUCACCACAGAGUGGCUACCCAUGGCCACCUUACCCUAUGAACUCACCACCUCCACCCAAGAGACGGUCCCAACAACUGUGCAGCAGACACUUAAACUCAACCCCUCGACUAGUGUGGAGGCCACCCAACCUCCAGCAGAGGCCACCCAGCCUCCAGCAGAGGCCACAGCUCCUGAGGUUCAGGACAACUUCCCAUACCUACUGUCUGAGGACUUCUUGGGACAGGAGGGUCCUGGGCCUGGUGCAAGCGAGAAGUUUCUUCCAACCUUGGCACCAUGUGUGGGGAACGAGUGUCCCAACUUAAGGAGAGGCCCAGUGAUCGCCAUCAUUGUCACUGUCCUGUGCCUGCUGCUGCUCCUGGCGGUCGUGGGGGCUGUGUGGGGCUACCGCAGGUACCAGCACAAGAGCUCUGUAUACAAGCUGAACGUAGGACAGCGGCAGGCUAGACACUACCACCAGCAGAUCGAGAUGGAGAAGGUCUAGCCUCUGUCAGCAUGGCUUCUCACAAAGCCGCUUGGAGGAAGGCUAACUGUGAAGCACCACACUGAUAAUUCUCAGGAUCGAAGGUGGAAAGGGUUCACCCUCUAAAGUUCAAGCCUUCCUUCUACACACUGAGAAGUGUUUCUGGAGGCACCUAGAGAGCGGAAAGGGUCUGGUGGAGUCCUCCUCAACUGUGCUCCCUGGAAUUCGCUGCCCAAAUCACAGACCUCUGCUUUGGCCCCGUUCCAACGUAAGGUUGGGUUGUUGUUUAAAGCACCUCCUGUUUUUAUCGCACUAAUGUCUUUGCAUCUUUAGGGAGUCACAGACUCCAUGCCCUGAAAUAUAGGAAAGAGUUUCGAUGAGCUGCGCAUCCGGGGGCCAUGUUAGGAAACAGACGUUGCACUGUGGACCAGGACAGGGAAGGGUCAUGCUAUUGCCUUUCAGUGUGACGGUGCCUAGGACAAACGAAUCUCGAGCCAGAACAUACAUUAUAAACUUUGGAGUUCCUUUUUCUGUUUGCUGAAGUUGGAGAGAAUUUAACACUGAUGUUUUUUUGCCUUGGUGCAUGAGGACCAAACAGGCACAUGCCCACCCCUGGUCCCGCAAUUGUGGGACAGCCCACUGUUUUCCUUUAAGAACAAGGUGACCUUAGUGCCAGUGAGGACAACAUCCGGUGUCCCUGUCUGCUCUGUGCCUACAAGUGCCUGGGAUUGCUACCAGGGCUGAUGACAAAGCCCAACUCUUAGUCUCCUCUCUCGGGAUUAACUGUUUCUCUGAACUCCAGUAAGAGGGAACGAUGUGGAAGGGGGAUAAUGUCUGACAAAGCACAAAGACUGGCAUAUCGAAUACGGGUGCCUGCUUGGCAGAGAAGCAGUGAAUGUGGACAUGGAUUGCUCUGGGUUGAUCUAGCCCAGCCAUUUCCUGUCAGAUUGACCAUCGAGUGGCAUCUCACCAGGUGUGGUUUCUACAAGGAUGUUUAUCAGACCAGCAACGCAUCACCGGGUGAUUGGUUGGAGACAUACAUUCUUUUCUUUUGGCGUGGAGGGUUGUUUUGGUUUGGUUUUCCAGACAAGGUUU